AUGCGAUCGUGGAUGCUAGGACCAUUGCUGCUGCUGGGCGGGGUUUCGAGCCUGCGCUUUGAUGGCUGGUACAACUGCAGCGAAGGCACGUUCUGGUCGCGCCGGGUACCGGCAUCAGCGCGCCUGCUCGAGGAGCUCGUUGCGCCCUUCGCCGAUGUGAGCGCAGUCCCAGCAACGGCGCAGUGUGGCCUGUAUUUUUUGCCGCUGUGCUACAAAGGUGUGUGCACCAGUGACAAGUCAAUUCCCGUGUUUGUCAAGCGCCUGCCGGCCACGAGCUCGCCUCGCACGGCCAAAGUGCUUUGGGUUCUUCAGGGCGGCCCCGGCGCGUCGUCCGUCAACAUGGAACCGCUCAUGAUCGAGCUUUACGAGCGACUGCAGCGGACAGUCACGGUCAUGACGAUGGAUCAUCGGGGCACGGGCCGCAGCUCCCGCCUCGAGUGCCAAGCAGCCCAGGCCAUGACACGCGGAAGCCCAAGAGGCUCCUCGAUUGCGAUAUCCGAGCUCCCCGACUGCCUCCGUGAUAUCAACUUUGUCUACGGCGCUGGAAAUGCUGCUGGUUUCUCGGUCACGAGCGCGGCGCGCGAUAUCUUGACCGUCGUCGACAGUGACCAGUCGAAACAAGAGGUCUACUUGUACGGUGUGAGCUACGGAACGCUCUGGGUCGAGCGCACGAUAGCGAUUCAGAACGCACAGCCAACGACGGGCGCCAACAUCCGCGGCUACGUCCUCGACGGCAUUGUGCCCCAUUCGGGCCCUGUCCGCCUCUUCUUCCACGACUGGGACCGCGAUAUGAGCAACGUCGGCGUGCAGUUUCUCGACUUGUGCCGACAGGACGCUUACUGUCGGUCGAAAUUCACCAACCAGACACUGCCCGCCACCGUUGCAGCGCUGUACCGCGACGUGGCGGCCGAGAGCACUGGCUGCGCGACGCUAGUCAACACCGAGUUGGGCGGUCUCGGCGGACUGAAAACCAUCUUUGGCUCGCUUCUCAUGCAUUCGACGUUGCGGCUCCUCAUCCCGAUCGUGGUAUAUCGCCUCGCGCGCUGUCGGUCCGACGACAUGGAGGUUGUCGUUCGAAUCUUCGAUUUCUUGUCUGCGCGCGGCUACUUGGGCACCAGUGACGACGACGACGACGCGCUCGACUCGGAGAUUCUCUACGCGACGGUCGCCUACGGCGAGAUGUGGAACAAGCAGGCGCCGCCUUCGUACGAUUCGAUCAAGGAGCAAUUUGAGUCGGGGGUCAUGGGGCUCAAGGAGUACACGCAGUUUCCGUACUACUGCAUGUACACGGCAUCAACAUCGAGCGACUGCCUUCGGUUCACCGCUUCGCUCAAUGUCUCGUGGAGCUAUCCGCUCGACCGCUACGACAACCAGCCGCUGCGCAUACCGAAAGGCGCGAGUGUGCUGCUCCUGAACGGCGGUAUGGACCCGCAGACGCCACUGCACGCGGCACAGAGUCAAUUCGAGCAGCUCCAAGGGACACAGAAGAAGCUCCUGACGUUUCCGUACGCCCCCCACGCCAUUUCGUACGUCACGUGGAUGCACGGGCGCGCUUCGACGUGUGGCGCAGAGCUCAUUCUGUCGUAUGUACGCGUCGGCGGCGCGCUUGCUGCGCUCGACACGUCGUGCACGAGAUAUGUUUUGAGGUUCACAUUCGAGCUCACGGCGGCGUCGGGCCGGCUCCUCGCGGGCGUCAACGACCUCUACGACGGCGUCCCGACAACAAUCUCUGUGCCCGUCAACGUCACCAAGCUGGAACCGGUGACACCACCUCCGCCCACCACCAUGCCAUCAACCACAAAUUCGACGUCGAUCGAUGUGGGCGCGUCGCCCGUUGCCACGUCUUCGGGUGGUCAUUUCGGGGAUUCGAUGGCGGGGCUCUUUGGCUGUCUCUUUGUUGUUGCCGCCGUCGUGGCCGUCAAGUUGUACCGUGAGAACAAGGCGCUGCGAGAGCUGCAUGUUGAGCUUUGUGAUGAAGCGGAUAACGCCGCCUAG